AGCAUAUCUGUAUUAGAUGCAUAUACCCCGUAAGAUACGUACAAUGUAUAUGUGCAUGCUUAGGAAGUAAGGCAAUAACUAGCGGAUCCGCGGUUGACCAUAGGUAUCGUCUGAUAUAAUCCACCCGCGAGCCUAGGUCGUUCAGCCCUUCGCUUCUUUCUCAAAAGUCCAUCCUUGCGCCCUCACGCCCCCGCGUAUCACCCAUCGUCAUGUCCGAAUACUGGAAAUCAACGCCCAAGUACUGGUGCAAGCAUUGUAGCACCUACGUCCGCGACACCAAGUUGGAGCGCACCAACCAUGAAGCUACCGCCAAGCACCAAGGCGCCCUCAAACGGUUCCUUCGAGAUCUGCACCGUGGUCACGACAAAGAACAGCGCGAGAAGGAGUACGCUAAACGCGAAAUCGAAAGACUAAAUGGCGUCGUCGGCACCUCAUCGUCCAAACACGCGGGAAGCGCCCCCGCGGUGUCCACGGGUAGUAGUAGCAAGAUACCCGCCGCCUCUUCAAUACAAGCCAGCGAUACCCAGCGCCAAAGACAAUGGGAGCAGCUCGCCACGAUGGGCAUCGACGUGCCGACCGAGUUGAGGGGAGAGAUGGCAAUGGCUGGCGAAUGGACCGUUACCAACACGAGAGUGAUUGACGAUGCGCCCAAACCCGAUACUCCGGGUGCCGCGCCGGGGAACGUGGAUGCGAUUGCAAUCGGCUCGAGGAAGCGUCCGAAGAAAGAAGAUGAUGAUGAAGAGGAAGAGAAUACGAUAAGAAGUCUGUCCAAGAAGUCGAGAAGAUGGGGUCGCGGCGAGAAUGACGCUGCGGACGAGGAUGCAGAGCUGGACACGUUACUCAGCACAACUAUACCGAAAUCAUUCAAGGUCGAAGAGCAGCAUCGUGAUACAGACAGCGGCGAUGGUUUACCAGGGCCGGAGCGGGAUUAUACACCUAGCAUCAAGUUAGAGCAUAAAGACGACGGCCAAGCCCUGGCCAUUAUACCACCAGCCUCUAGUGAUGCCGCUGAGUCGCUACCGAAACAAGAAGCACACGUAGAGAACGAGACGCCCACCAUAGUUUUCAAGAAGCGAAAAGCCAAAAACAUCCGGCAGAGGUGAGCCGCUCCUGGCUAGGGAACAGAAUUCAUCGCUUGGGAAAAUCGACCUCACAAUCGUGUCGGGUUGGUAUUUCGGGUAGGGCCAGGAUUUCGGACUCGACUUGCGAAGCCUAGCACUUGGCGAGACGAGAGAGUAUUGGGCUCUGGCGGCUGAAGCGGCGGGUGUGAGGCAUACUAAUC